AAACAAUCAAAAGGCACUAUGCGAAUAACAUGUUUAGUAUAAUAAUACCGAUCGUGUCGGCAAGUUCGCAAGAUGUUGUCCAAGUGUUUAUCAAACAGAACUAAUAAUAUUCCCUCAAUUUUAUUUCAGUCGAUUAGAAGAAAUAUUGAAAGCCAAACUAACUCUGCAGAGUGUCCACAUAAAGUCUCCACAGAAACUACCGAUUGGGAAAAUGCACGUCCAUAUGAAGAUAUUCCCGGCCCAUCAAAAUUUGAACUUGUUCGAGGCUUCAUGCCAGGAGGUGCCUUCUACAAACAACCAGUUAAAGUGUUUUUCAAUAUUCUCCAAAAGAAAUAUGGAGACUUUUUGAUACUUCCCGGAAUUUUCGGAAAGAAACCAAUUUUAAUGGCUUUUGAUCCAAAUAUGUUUCGAGAAGUAUUUCGAAAUGAAGGCAUUUGGCCAGCUAGAAGAAAUUUCGAUUCAGCUUUUUAUUUUCGAAAUGUCUACAAAAAGGAAUACUUUCAAGGAAAUGAGGGGCUUAUAAUGACUUCUGGUGAAUCUUGGGGUAAAUUUCGAACAGCUGUUAAUCCAAUAUUAAUGCAACCGAAGAACGUUAAGCAAUAUUUGAACAAAAUGAUACCAGUUAAUAAAGAUUUUAUUCAAAGAAUUCGAGAAAUUCGUGAUCCAAAAACUAACGAAAUGCCCGGUAACUUUGUUGAUGAAAUCAAUCGUCUAACUUUUGAGUCUGUAGCUGUUAUAGCUCUUGAUCAAGAGCUUGGUCUGAUCCGACGCAAUCGUGAUUCCCCUGAAGCAGAGGCUCUGUUCCGAAGUUUAAGGGAUUUCUUUGACUUGGCUUAUGAAUUGGAUAUAAAGCCCUCGCUUUGGAAAAUCAUAAAAACUCCAAAAUUCUAUAAAAUGAUGAGGGUUUCUGAGACAAUGUUUCAAAUUACCAAAAAAUACAUUGAAGAUGCUUUAGAGCGCAUGGAAAAAAAUCCACAUUCCACAGAAGAUAGCAGCUAUCAAAAGAGUGUUGUGGAAAAGUUAGCAGAGAAAGAUAAGUUGGUAGCAAUUGUAAUGGCAAUGGAUAUGAUGUUGGCAGGAGUUGACACGACAACAACAACUUUAACAGGAAUUCUUUUCGGAAUCGGAAAGAAUCCUGACAAACAAGAAAAAUUACGUCAAGAAGUUUUAUCGGUUCUCCCCGAAAAAGAUUCAGUCCCAACUGUUGAAAGUCUAAAAAAUCUCCCAUACUUAAGAGCUUCUAUUAAAGAAGGUAUUCGAUUAUUUCCUAUUGGACCAGGAACAGUUCGAUCAUUACCAAAGAAUAUGGUUUUGAAUGGAUAUCAAGUUCCAAUGAACACUGACGUAGCUAUGGGAAAUAAUAUCAUUUUGAGAGAAGAAAAAUAUUUCCCUAAAGCUGAGGAAUUCAUUCCAGAAAGAUGGCUUCGAACUGAAGAAGGAGAUGCAUUUAAAGCAGAUGAAGUGAAUCCAUUUGUUUAUUUACCCUUUGGUUUUGGACCUAGAAGUUGUGCUGGCAAAAGAAUUGUUGAUUUGGAAUUGGAACUAACGAUUAUGAGACUUGUUAGAAAUUUUAAUAUUGAAUUUAAUUAUUCUAUUGAAAAUGCUUUUGAUACUCAAUUUAUAGCGAGACCAAUUAUUCCUUUGAAAUUUAAAUUCACUGAAAUGGAAAAUUAGAUUGUUUUGUUGUUAAAAAACAAUAUCUAUUAAUUACAUAAGGCUAUUUUUAGGAUAAUAAAUUGUUUACGAGACUUUUU